AAAAAAUCGGAAGAAAAAAUCACGGAUGUUAUAAAAGAAGGUUUAAUUCUUCUGGAAGAUAUUUGGAUUAAUCCAGCUUUUAAUUCUAAACUUGUGAAAUUACUAAAUAAAGAAACCUAUCAAUCAAUGGUUAUUUUAUUGUCUAUUCGAGCAAUAUUAAAAAAUCUUCCUUUUAGACUAUCCAAUGAGCAAGACUUGAAUAGUAUAUUUGAACACUUUACACCAGUCAAUUUUUACAAGAGAUUUGAUUUAUUAUACUUGCAACGCGAUUUAGCGGAACAGAAACUUCGCGAAUUUCUCACUGGGGUUGCUACAGGGAGUUCAAAGUAUAAGGAAAAAGCGAAAGAUAUUUUACAAAAUCUCCAUCUUUCAAUAAAAUCACGAUCUGUUGAAGAAUACUGGGAGAGAACCAAAAUGUUGAAGUUGAAACAACAACUGGAUCGCACCAAAAAGUUAAAGCGUUUAGAAGAGAAGACAGAAAUACUUGAAAAUAUAACCGAAGCCCGUAUUGCGAAGCACGAUAUAUAUAAUCGGGAAUUAUUGCAAGAAAUGCGAAAUGAUUCUCAGGCCAAAUAUUGCGAUUCAGAACUUAAUCAUCUAGAGCGUUCUCAGAAACGAGAGCAAUUAGACAACCAAAGGAGUCCUCCUGACAUUGCUAAAGAUGCGAAAACGAAAUCCAGAAAGCGUAGGUCAAUGAAAGAUAUCGAAAGCAAGAGCGCCAAGCCUCCUAAACGAAACAAAUCAAGUAAGAAAAUUGUUGUUGACGCUGGCCAAUCAACCAGUGUUUCCUCUACUGAUGUACAACAAACACCCAGCGGAACAGAAGAUUCGAUCGUCGAUACCACCUGCGAUGAAUCUGAAUCACCCGUCGAAAUAAAUACUACAGAAAAAGCGGAAUAG